GCUUUGAAGGGUGGAGGUCGCACAUUGUCUCAGACGAGAGAUGCAGACGCAGGGACUGCCGGUCGUUGUCGCUGGUGCGAACGUCGUGGUCAUCCAGCCGGGCAGUCUGUACCUGAGGAUGGGCGUCGCGUCGCAGCCAUUUCCAUCGACGCGCCUGAACGUGCUCGCAGUCCGCCGUCCAGACGGGGCUGCUGCUUCCACUACUCAUCAUCAUCAUCAUGCUGCAGCUGCUGCUGCUUCUGAGGGAGCUGAAGCGCAGAACAAGCCAGCGAUGGCGGAUGCUGCUGCUCCUGCGCCGAUCGCUCAACCCGGCGAUGCCAACUCAGACCAGCAUGCACCAGCCGCAGAGCCACUCGCAGAUCAGGAUGCAGGGACAGACACUUUUCAGCCAAUGAAGGUGGACGACAGCGAAAACGAGCAGGCCAAGACAGACCCGAGCGCGUCAGAAACUGCUGUACUCUCGCCUCGAGAGCAAAUCUUCCAAGCGAUGGAGAAGCACACAAGACGAAAAGCCAUGGAAUUCAAGAAGGUGGAAGGUCUUUUCAACCAGUGUCUAUCAUUCAACGACGGAGCAAUACCAGAUCGGAUUUCGCAGCACGACGAUCAGCACCAUCGUGAGUUUACCAAUGUUCGGUCUGCGCCUCCGUUUGUAUUUGGCGAUCAGGCUCUGGGCAUCAAUCCUGCAGAGCCAUACGAUGUGGUAUGGCCAUUUGCAAGAGGCCAGCCAUGUCGAGAUACAAUUGUGACAGUUGGAAGCGAGCCAGACACUCCCGACAGCCUUCCCAUGUAUCGAGGGACUCUUUGCGCUGGAGUCGAAUCCAUCGUGACGUGCAUCGCCGCAAUAUGGCGUUCCAUGUUAGAACAGGACUUGCGAAUCCCUGCUUUGCAGUUCUCGAAUUAUAAAGCCGUUAUUAUCGUCCCUGAUUUUGUCGAUCGAGGAAUGAUCAAGCUCUUGAUGAGAGUGGCCCUGGAGGAGCUACAGUUCCACGCAGUCAUGCUCCAGCAGGAUUCCUCCGCCGCAACAUUCGCCGCCGGCAUUUCGUCAGCGUGCGUGAUUGAUAUCGGAGAUCAAAAGAUCUCUGUUAGUUGUGUGGAAGAUGGCAUCGUCUUGGGAAACACGCGCGUGCUGCUGAACUACGGUGGCUACGAAGUCUCGGAAGCGUAUGGCUGGUUGCUUCAACGCCUAGGUUGCGCUUUUGUCGGAAAACUAGACCUUCGACAGCCGCACAACUGGCACCAACUGCGGGAAUGGAAGGAAGCGCAUUGUCAUCUAGUUCCUCAAGAAGAUACGUUCCCUCCUUCGUAUAUUCAAACUCUCAAUUGCCAUAUUCGCUCGUUUGGCAAGCCAACAUUGUCGUACAAGUGCCGCGUGUCGGAUGAGCCCAUCAAGGCACCGAUGGGUGUCUUCUUCCCAACGGCAUUUUCCAUGGCGCACUCUCCCUUGAUGCGGCUCAUCGAGAACGUAACGGAGGAUUGCGAGGAUGUCUUUGACACCACACGCGAGAUCACUCAAGAGCAUGACACCAUGCUGGUGCAAGUUGCGCUCCAAGCCACCGAAUGUGGCGAAUUUGCGCAAAUUCGCUCUGCAUCUUCGCCAGUCAUGUCCCUCGAUGAAGCUGUAUUAUGCAGCAUUGACCGUUGCCCUUCUGAUGACAUGCGGCGGCGCAUGUUGCAAAGUAUUCUACUCGUCGGAGGGGGAGCCAAAACAGCAGGACUAGAAGCGAUGAUUGAAGCAAGAAUUGCCUGCGAGUUGGCAAGACAAAACCGCAGCGCGCAACCGGUCGUGCUGAGCAAUGUCAGGAAUCUCGACUCCCAGCACAUUUGUUGGAAAGGCGCAACCGUCACGGCGCGACUCCCAGGAUCCGACGACAUGUUCAUUCUUCAGCACGAAUGGCGCAAACGCAAGCUGCAAGCGGUCAAAGCCAAGACCAUUUUCGCGUGGAAUUGACCGAUCUGUGUUGUGCGCGGCUUUGCAAUAAAUUAACCGGCUGUCGCUCAAUUCGAGACUUGCACCAACCUCUC